AUGGACAAAUCAACGGUUCUCAAGGCGACCAUUGCCUUCCUCAAGAACCAGAAAGAGAUCUCCGUGAGGUCCCAAAGUCAGGACAUCAGAGAGGAUUGGAAACCGUCAUUCCUAUCCAACGAGGAGUUCACACACCUGAUGCUGGAGAGCGACAUCUCCGGGCGUCCUCUCUAUGACCUGAUGCUGGAGGAGGAGCGUAGCGAGAUGAAGCAGUUCCUCUCCAACCCCGCCCUGGCGCCGAACCCCAACAACUGGCCGGAGGAGACGAAAGAACAGUACACCCUCACCGUCCACCUGAAGCGCUCAACAAGAGGGAACACUCAAGAAAACUUAUACGAGAGGAUACACCUGACUGGCUACUUCGAGCGAUACACCUGUCCAAGCGAAGAUGGUGUGCUGGACUUCAGUUGCAGCGAGGCGGAGGAUUCAGUGUCCCUCAGCAGCUGUGGGAGGGGACUUGCUGGUGGAGGAGGUGGUGGAGGAGGUGGUGGAGUUGGCAGUGUUGGUGGUGGCGGUGGUGGUGGAGGAGGUGGUGCCAGUCGCGGCGGUGGUGGUGGUGGUGGUGGUAGCGGAGGUGGUGAUAGCAACGGAGGUGGAGGUGGAGGUGGAAACAAUGGUGGUGGAGCGGGGAUGUUCCAGAGCUCUCUCGUCCACUCACAGCUCUCUCAGGAAUCCACCAAGCUGGUGUUUGUGGCCAUCGCGCGUAUGGAGCGGCCACAGCUGGAGCGCGAGAUGACCAUCAUUGAACCCAGCAAGACAGAGUUCACCUCCCGACACAGCCUGGAGUGGAAGUUUCUGUUUCUUGACCACCGGGCCCCCACCAUCAUCGGGUAUAUGCCAUUCGAGGUGCUGGGAACCUCAGGGUACGACUACUACCAUGUGGAGGACUUGGAGAAGGUGGCGGCGUGUCAUGAGCAGCUGAUGAAGACCGGCAAAGGCACCUCCUGCUACUACCGUUUCCUGACGAAGGGGCAGCAGUGGAUCUGGCUACAGACCCAAUACUACAUCACCUACCACCAGUGGAACUCAAAGCCGGAGUUCAUCGUCUGCACCAACACUGUCGUCAGCUACAGCAAUGUGAAGGAGGAGCUGCUGAAGGAGUCUGGGGUGGAGGAGAAGUGCAAGGUGGAGGUGGAGGCAGGUGGACCGGAGGGGGAGCUGAGCCUGGCCUCCAGCGCUGGGGGCGGGGCCGCCGCGGGGCCCUCAGGUCUGGCCAUGCCGGCACUAGCGGCGGGGGCGGCGGCGGGGCUGGUGGAUCUGCCCCCACCCUCCACCCCCCUGGCCCCACCUGCCCCGCCUACCCCACAGCACCUGGUGGAGGAGAAGCCAGUGGUGGGGGGGCCCCAGGACCCCCUCCAGUACCUCCAGCAGCAGCAGCAGCAGCAGGCCUCGGAGCAGCAACAAACACAACAACAACAACAACAGCAACAACAACAACUGCAGCAGCAACAAGAACAGCAACAACAAGAACAACAAAAGCAGCAACAGCUGCAAGAGCAGCAACAACAACAACAACAACAACAACAACAACAGCAACAACAACAACAACAACAACAGCAGUUACAACAACAACUUCAACAGCAGCAACAGGAGCAGCAGCAACAACAACAACAGCAGCAGCAACAACAACAACAACAACAGCAGCAGCAGCAGCAGCAGCAACAGCAGCAGCAACAACAACAACAACAGCAGCAGCAGCAGCAGCACUGUGUGGGCGUUCCCUCCCAGGCCUCCCAGCAGCAGCAGCAGCAGCACCUCCUGCCGCCCCCGUCCUCCCUCCUGCCCUCCCCCAAGUCACCGCAGCAGGCCUCCAGACAACAGAAGCAGCAGCAGCAGCAGAUAGUGGGGCAGGGCAGCCAGCUGGUUCCCUCAGGGGUGUCUCCCAGCAGCCAGCACUCCCCCUACCCCCAGAUGAGCCAGCACCUGUCCUCCAGGGGGGAGCCGCCGCCUUGGCCCUCCAAGGGGCGCUCAGAGUCUAGUCAGUACCGUGGGGGAGCGGGGUCCACCAUGGGGGAGGGCGGCAGCAGCAGAAAGCGGUCGAGAUUGCAACAACACCACCAGCAACAACAACAACAACAACAACAGCAUAUGCUUCAACAACAGCACGAACAACAGCAGCAGCAACAGUCCCAGCAGCAGCAGCUCUCGAUGGAGGAUCUGGCGCCCCCUUCCUCCCCCUGCUCCGAUGGGUCAGCCGCGUCACACAUCUCACACCCACAGCAGGACGGAACGGGGGCCUACAUCUCCGCCAAGUCCGUGCCGAGGGAGAGAUAUUACCGCAAGAUAGAGCUUCCGCCGGAGAUGACGCAGUCCCUCUCGUCCUCCCGGCUCUCAGGGUCGUACGAGGAGGAGAAGAAGGAGGACCAGUUCUUGCAGAUGAUGGUGACCUCCCCUGUUGGUAGUGCCAGCUCCCACAACUCUGGAGGCUACGGGAGUGUCGAGCAACAACAACAACAACAACAACAGCAGCAGCAGUACCUCGGGGCGUCAGGCGGGGGCGGGAGCAGUGGCGGAGGUGGGGGCGGUGGCGGUGGUGGCGGCCUCAACAGUCAGCAGGGCGUGGCGGCUCCGGCGGGCAGUGCGGCGACCCAGGUGGUGCAGGUGGCGGCUGUCCCGUUCUCCCCGGUCUUCCCCGUCAACCCGGUGGUCACGAACUUCUCCAUCCAACUCCCGGCAACUUCAACGACAGAGGGGCUCCGACAGUCCCUCAUACUCAGCCCCGACCAGCGGCAACUUCAGGAGCAGCUGCGACGGAAGCACGCAGAGCUCCAGCAGCAGAUCCUCAGACAACAGGAGGAGCUUCGGCAGGUGAACGACCAGCUCAUCAUGGCCCAGUACGGCAGCCUCAGCCUCCAGCAGGUCUACAAGGGCGGUGUGCAGUACCCCGCCACCAGCAGUGUGUCCAGCGCCGGGUACCAGAGUGCAACGGGCGGGGCCUCCGGGGUAUCAUCGGGCAGCAGCGGGGCGGGGAUGGCGAUGGGGGGCGCCGUGGGAAGCCUGCCAGUCACCGCGGGGCUGCCGGGUGGGGCGGGGACGGUCACGCUCACCACGGGGAUGUUGGGGGUUGGCUCGCCCCUGGUGCAGCCCGUGGCCAUGACCUCUACUUCCGCCCCAGCCACCACCCUCACCGUGUCCACCUUCAGCCCUGCGCAGGUGAACCUCCCCAGUGGCAAUGCGCAGGGGAUGGCUCUGCCCUACCAGCUCUCGCACCACCAGGCUCAGAUGGUCUUUGCUCAACCCAACACCACCACCAACCCAACACAGCACCACCACAACCCUCAACCACACCUCCCUAAAAAGUAGCCUGCUCCCCCCGCCCCCCCUACCCCCCCCGGCUGCUCUCCUUUCCCUUUCUCCCCGACUUUCAUACUCCUCUUCCUCUUCCUCUUCCUCUUCAUCCUCCUCUCCUGUCUAGUAUUCUCCCUCAUCCUCUUAUUUCCUCUACUUUUCUUUUUAACUUUCUUAUUUUUUCUUUUUCUCUGGUUCUUUCUCGUCCUCUCUGUGUGUUUCUCUUCCUCCUCCUCCUCCUUCUCUUCCUCUUCUUCCUCCUCCUCCUCUUCCUAUUCUUUCUCAUUCUCCUGCUCUGUUUAUUUCUCCUCCUCCUCCUCCUCCUCCUUUUUGCUCAUAUACUGUUCUUUUUUACUCUCCUCCUCCUCCUCCUCCUCCUCCUCCUCUUUGCUCUCCUCUUUCCUCCUUGUCUCUCUUUCCUUCCUAUUAUUUCUCAUUCUCCUGCUCUGUUUAUUUCUCCUCCUCCUCCUCCUCCUUCUCCUCCUCGUCCUCCUCCUCCUCCUCCUCCUCCUCCUCCUCCUGGUUCAAGCCAAAGUCCCUGACAGUCAUUAGCUCCACAAGAAGUAUUUUUGAAGUAGAUUAGUUGGGAAGAGCGACAACCAAGUCUCAUUACCAUUGCUACCACCUUUUACUACUACUACUACUACUACUACUACUACUACUACUUUCUUGGGUCAUCCUCCUACCACCACACCACCACCACCACCACAACUGUAUGCCACGUGCCACAGAGAGUGUUAUACUAAUUAUUGUUUUAAUGAAUUUUAAGAUGACGAAACGAUCUAUAUACACACACACGCACACAGAGACACACAUACACGCACAUACACACUCCGACGCACUCAUGUAUAGAGUUACCGCUGCAUAUUUUAUUUGUUAUGUAAUACUCAAUUUCACCUUUAUUUUCUAACCUCUUGUUGUUGUUAUUUCUAUUAUUUUUAUCAUGAUAGAUUUCCCUGCCACUCAUUGUUACCAGAUCACAAGGGUAGUGUUGCUAAUUGAAGAGGUCACAAUCAGGGUCAUUAGGACACGGAAAAGGUCAGCAGGGGUCAUAUUUAAACAGGCUGCUGCUGCUACGGUGUGAAAAUAAAAUGAGUUUGGUUGGGUUUGGUCAGCUUGGGUUAGGUUAGAAAUUGGUUGGGUUUGGUCAGCUUAGGUUAGGUUAGAAAUUGGUUGGGUUUGGUCAGCUUAGGUUAGGUUAGAAAUUGGUUGGGUUUGGUCAGCUUAGGUUAGGUUAGAAAUUGAAACAAGUUGAAUUGGGUUGGAAGGUGAGAGCUUACCUACCUACCUAACCUCUAAAAGAAACAGUGCAGGAGGGAAGUUUUUAAUAAUCAGCUUGUAAUAAUCGGGUUAGGUUAAGAUUGUUAGGUUAGGUGAGGUAAGGGGAUCAGGGUUCAGGGAUAGUGGGUUAGAGGUUGUAGGAGAUUAGGAUUGAGUCAUAGGGGUAUUAAUGAAAAGCAGUGCAGAAGGGAUGACUUAAGCAGCUUGUAAUAAUCGGGUUAGGUUAAGAUUGUUAGGUUAGGUGAGGUAAGGGGAUCAGGGUUAAUUAAGGGAUAGUGGGUUAGGGGUUGUAAGAGAUUAGGAUUGAGUCAUAGGGGUAUUAAUGAAAAGCAGUACAGAAGGGAAGACUUAAGCAGCUUGUAGUUAUCAGGUUAGGUUAAGAUUGUUAGGUUAGGUUAGGUUAAGGGAUGGUGGGUUAAGGGAUGGAAUUGAGUCAUAGGGGUAUUAAAGAAAAAGAGUGUAGAAGGGGAAACUUAAGCAGCUUGUAGUUAUCAGGUUAGGUUAAGAUUGUUAGGUUAGGUUAGGUUAAGGGAUGGUGGGUUAGGGGAUGGAAUUGAGUCAUAGGGGUAUUAAAGAAAAAGAGUGCAGGAGGGGAGACUUAAGCAGCUUGUAAUGACUGAAAGAUAACAGAACAGGAGAGAUUUAAUAAUGAACUUGUAAUUAAUUAAAAGAAGAUGUGAGAGAGGGAAGAUAAAAUACGAGUAGGCAACUUGUAAUUAUUAAAAGAAACAGUUCAGGAGGAAAGUUUUCAAUUAGCAGCUUGUAAUAAUUAAAGAAAAACAAAGCAAGAUACAAGACUAAUUAAGCAGCUUGUAAUAAUUAAAGAAACAGUGAAAAAGACAAGACUAACUAAGCAGCUUGUAAUAAAUGAAGGGAAACAGUACACUAGGGUAGACUUAGCAGCUUGUAGUGAGAAAGGAAAACGUGCAGCUUGUAAUAGAGAGACACGGCCUGUUUAAUUAAGUAAUAUAUGACCUCUCGGACCAGGCAGCUUGUAUGUUAAUCACCAUCAUCAUCAUCAUCAUCAUCAUUAUCAUAGUUGCAUGUCUACUGUAGCAUUCUGACAGUUGUGGAGAGAAAUAUUUAAGUAAGGAAAAGGAAGGAAAAUGGUGUGUUUGAAGAGGAGAGAAAAUAAUAUGUUUGAGAAAGGGGAAAUUUGAAGGGAGAGAGAAGAAGCGUUUAGUCAGGGAAAGGGAAAAUAUAAAGGUUGGGGAAAGAGAAGAGAGGAAAAUGAUGGGAAAAUUUUGAAGUUGAGAGAAAGAAUGGAAAUGUUGGGUGUGAAGUGGAGGGAAAAUUUUAAGUGACAGAAAGAGGGGAAUUUUAAGUAAGAGAAAGAGGGAAAAUUUUAAGUUAGAGAAAGAGGGUAAAAUUUAAAGUUAGAGAAAGAGAGGGGAAAAUUUUAAGUUAGACAAGAAAGAAUAAUUGAUCGUUUGAGGAAAGAAAAUAUGAAGUUAGAAGAGGAAAGAAAAUUUGAAGUUAGAAGAGGAAAAAAAUUGUAGAGAAGGAAAGAAAAUUUGAAGUUAAAAGAGGAAAGAAAAUUUGAAGUUAGAGAAGGAAAGAAAAUUUGAAGUUACAAGAGGAAAGAAAAUUAUAGAGAAGGAAAGAAAAUUUGAAGUUUGAGAAGGAAAGAAAAUUUGAUGUUAAAAGAGGAAAAAAAAUUUGAAGUUAGAGAAGGAAAGAAAAUUUGACAUUAAAAGAGGAAAGAAAAUUUAUGAGUAAGAGAAAUGAGGAAAAUUCUACGUUACCAAGAAAUAAAUAUGUCCGCAAAAAAGAAAAAAAGAUUAAAAGUUAUCGAACGGAAAGAAAAUAACAGAAAUGAAAGGAGAAAAGGAAAAGACAGCCAGCGACAAAAACCAUCAUCCUAACAUUUUCACAACCCACCCAUCAUCAUCAUCAUCAUCAUCAUCGUGGACCCACAAUAAUGCAUCUCAUCCCAAUAUAUCAUGUAUCUUGGAAGUCACACAAUGGCCUUCAAACUGCGGAGAAGUACAACAUUGGCUCACACAUCUUGCCUUACACUCCUAUAGCUCAGUCCAACAGUUGCCAGCUCAAGGGAGUCCGUCUAACCUUAACCCGGUAGCAGCGGGGACCAUGUUUCUUAAUGGUCCCUCCAAGCGAGAAAAAUGAGAAAAAAUCACCCCUCACACAAACCAUUUCAUAAUAUAUAUCAAAGCAUUUAAGAACAUAAGGAGUCUGCAAGAGGCCAGUUAUUUGUGAUCAGAUUGUGUAUCAUCUAUUUUUGGGGGUUUAUAUCAUGGCACAAAUUUGGCCCGUCGCUGCUACACGGUAAAGCCACAAAUUUGGCCCGUUGCUGCUACACGGUAAAGCCACAAAUUUGGCCCGUCGGUGCUACUGGGUUAAUAUGGACUUGGAAUCAAUAUAAAGCAAUCUAGCACCUCUCUACCAGCUCAAAAAAAUCUGUUUAUGUUUAAUCUGGAUCUGAAACUAUUAUAAAAACAAUCACUAAUGCCUUUAACACAAUUAAUUCAGUCCUUCAAUUUUCAGUCACACAGUUGCCAGCUCAAGGAAGUCCGUCUAACCUUAAUAUGGACUUGGAACCCAUUUAAAGCAAUUCAGCACCUCUAUACCAGCUCAAGAAAAUCUAUUUGUGUUUAAUCUGGAUCUGAAACUAUUAUGAAAACAAUCACUAAUGCCUUAAACACACAAUUGAUUCAGUCCUUCAAUUCUCAGCUCAACCGUCCAAUCCUGUAAGGAGAAAUAUGGACGUUUAACUAAAAGAAGAAGUAGAAAAAGUUGUCCGGUGAAGUGUAGGUUUGUCCGACAUUAACCGAGACCUUGAACCAAUUUUAACCCGGUAGCUGCGGGGGUCAUAUUUCUUAGGCUAGGUUAGGUUAGGUUAGGUUAAAGGCCCCUCUAAGUAAAAUAAUGAGAGAGAAUCAUCACUCACGCAAACCAUUUCAUAAUAUAUAUCAACGCAUGUGUGAUCAGUUUAUGCAUCGUCUAUUUUAUGAGGUUUAUAUCAUGGCAGAAAUUUGGCCCGUCGCUGCUACACGGUAAAGCCACAAAUUUGGCCCGUCGCUGCUACACGGUAAAGCCACAAAUUUGGCCCGUCGCUGCUACACGGUAAAGCCACAAAUUUGGCCCGUCGCUGCUACACGGUAAAGCCACAAAUUUGGCCCAUCGCUACUACACGGUAAAGCCACAAAUUUGGCCCGUCGCUGCUACCGGGUUAAGCAAACACUAAAGCCUUUCUCACACUCCUGAACCUGCCAGGCAUACCACGAGUGCUUUACCUCUCCCUGUCUAUCUCCAGUAGGUGUCUCAAACUCAUAUAUAUAAGUUAUUCACAGAGGCCUGUCACACACUCCUCAACCUGUCAUUCUGCCCUUAUAUCAACUCUUUAACCCAUAUAUGUAUAAGCUAUUCAUGAAGGCGAGUGCAGUAAACCCUCCCUAAGUCGGAUCAUUGUAAGUCAAACACCCGAUAUCUCGAAAACUUUAUAAGCUUCUUCUCAUGUAAUUGAGUGUUCUUUCGGCCGCCUCUUCGGAGUCUUUACAGGAGCAGCGAGUAGUGGGCCUUUUUUUUUUAUUGUUUCCUUUUUUGUGUGCCCUUGUGCUGUCUCCUUUGCUGUAAAAAAAAAGUGUCUAUAAAUUGGAUGCCAUUCAAAUUAAUAGGCACGCAUUUUUCAAUUUUCCACAUCAACCGCCACAUUGCUUGGUCUCUACGAAGCAGAGUUUAGCCGCCUUGCUGUUUAUCUUGUAGCUCAAAUGACUUUUAUUUACUUCGCUGCCCUCAUACAGUACCUACAGGAUUCGUAGAGACAUGGAUGAGCCUUUUACCAUGAGUGGGUGUUUAAUAAUAAGAGGAAGUAAGCACUGUACUGUACAAUGAUAUUUAUUAGUGAUACGGAGUGAGAAAAAUAACUACUGAAGGCACGGGAUCCCCAACCUCCGAUAACUCAGAUUUUCGGCUAUCCCGGAUCGGACUUCCCCUCAGUUAGUUUGCCUUAUGUGGAGUUCACUAUGUUGAGUUUCAAGUCCUGGCGGCGAUCGGAUGUAACUUUAAACUCUCGCCCUCUCUGUCUCUCCCCUCCACUCUCCUUCAUCCUUUCCUCAUGUAGGGGGCUUCGUGGUGCAGUGGUUAGCACACUCAGCUCACAACCGAGAUAGCCCGGGUUCGAUUCCCGGGCGGAGUGGAAAAAUUUGGGCUGCUUUUCCGAUACCCUACGCCCCUGUCCACCCAGCAGUGAAUGGGUACCAGGUAUUAAUCGGGGGUUGUGUCCCGUCUCCUGGGGUCUGUUCCCUUCUCCUAUAAUUCGUUCCCCUUCUGUCUCUCUCCGGCAUAUGACCACAGAUGUUGCGCCGACUAAACCAAACUUUCCAACUGUUCCCUUCUCCUAUAAUUCCUUCGCCUUCUGUCUCUCUCCAGCAUAUGACCACAGAUGUUGCGCCGAUUAAACCAAACUUUCCAACUGUUCCCUUCUAUAAUUCCUUCUCCUUCUGUCUCUCUCCGGCAUAUGACCACAGAUGUUGCGCUGACUAAACCAAACUUUCCAACUGUUCCCUUCUCCUAUAAUUCCUUCCCCUUCUGUCUCUCUCCGGCAUAUGACCACAGAUGUUGCGCCGACUAAACCAAACUUUCCAACUGUUCCCUUCUCCUAUAAUUCCUUCGCCUUCUGUCUCUCUCCGGCAUAUGACCACAGAUGUUGCGCCGACUAAACCAAACUUUCCAACUGUUCCCUUCUCCUAUAAUUCCUUCGCUUUCUGUCUCUCUCCGGCAUAUGACCACAGAUGUUGCGCUGACUAAACCAAACUUUCCAACUGUUCCCUUCUCCUAUAAUGCCUUCCCCUUCUGUCUCUCUCCGGCAUAUGACCACAGAUGCUGCGCCAACUAAACCAGACUUUCCAACUGUUCCCUUCUCCUAUAAUGCCUUCCCCUUCUGUCUCUCUCCGGCAUAUGACCACAGAUAUUGCGCCGACUAAACCAAACUUUCCAACUGUUCCUUUCUCCUAUAAUUCCUUCCCCUUCUGUCUCCCCCCGGCAUAUGACCACAGAUAUUGCGCUGACUAAACCAGACUUUCCAACUGUUCCCUUCUAUAAUUCCUUCGCCUUCUGUCUCUCUCCGGCAUAUGACCACAAAUGUUGCGCUGACUAAACCAAACUUUCUAACUGUUCCCUUCUCCUAUAAUGCCUUCCCCUUCUGUCUCUCUCCGGCAUAUGACCACAGAUGUUGCGCCGACUAAACCAAACUUUCCAACUGUUCCCUUCUUCUAUAAUUCCUUCCCCUUCUGUCUCUCUCCGGCAUAUGACCACAGAUGUUGCGCCGACUAAACCAAACUCUCCAAACUUUCCUUCCCUCAUCUCUUCACCAAACCAAACCAAACCUCCCACACUGCCAUUGUCCUCUGUCGAGUGAUUCUACAGUAUUACAGGGUAUCAUCAUCAUCAUCAUCAUCAUCAUCAUCAUCAUCAAUGUCACUCACCAUAACCUCUCCACACGUCCUCAUUUUAAGUGGAGAGCCAUAGAUGUAAUAGAGAAAAAAAAUACUGAAAAAUUGUUCCGUGUCAUAUAACACACACACACACACACACACACACACACACACACACACACACACA